AUGUUCAAUUUUCCGUGUAGACGCCCGACUGUUACAGAGGUCACUACAGUCAUGAAUAUAGCAAGAAUCACUGUUGUAUUUGUUGCCAUCCUGGUACUAACUUGUGAAGGUAUGAUCUGCUUAACACUUGUUCGUAAUUUGUUCCGUGUGCAGAUUCUUUCAAAUUGUGCCAUGUUCACAUGAUGUCUUUUUUCACUUUCGCGGUACAUUGAAAGCGAAUAGUCAACAGAGAGUGGCGCAAAAGACCGUAACAGCGUAUGGAAAAUCGAUAGAUUACUGGAUUCAAAACAAUAACUAAUAAUUCUCUAAUUUAUUCGAUCAAGAGCUCACUUUCUCAUUAUCUUACCAACUUGUGUGCUUUGGCAUAAGUACUUUGUUUGCCUUUCUGCAAAAUCCUUUCUGCACGUGUGUGCCGUUGGCGGUUAGGCGCUCUAUUUUUGAUUAGAGACUCUUUGUCUAUGAUGACAUCGAGGCCCAGUUGCAAAAGGCAUCGUUUUGAUCAAGUGGCUUUUUUUGAAACCGUUCCCUGUGAUCCGAGGGCUUUUUUUGGUGCUUUCUUUGUGUUCCCACUGUACUGGUUUGAUAGUCCGUCUUGGAGGAUACUGUUGAAGCAAUCCUCCAAAGAAAAGGAAAUAGUCGCGUUAAUCUUAAUCAUUAGUUGCUUUAUCAACCAAGGCCUCGUCUCUGCCAAAGGUUUAUCUUAUUUUCUAAAUGGAUCGAUUACUAGAAAAUUCCAUUGAAAAGCAACAAAAACCAAAACAUUUUAAGAACGACAGAAAAUCAAAAAUUAAUCAGUAAACUCAGUGUAGCAAGUUUAGGUUUUAGUUUUCGUUUCGUGCUUGACUGAUUUACAGGAUAGCAAUCUGUUUGGCUCGUCUUUUAUCCGUGUGUGUUAAGUUUAUAUGCUUUAAUUAUAAUCUUACUAUAUUAGUGUUUGCACCGAUUCCUUUGGAAAAAAGUUGGCUUGUGAAUCGGCUUUAACUUGGAAUAGCCCAAAAUCAUCUUUAUAGCCUCGGAAAAGUUCACUGACUAACCAGAAGCACGUAAGACUCUUCAAAAUACAAAGCAAAUUUCCUUUCAAAGUGAAAUACAAAACUUUUCUUCCCUGACCUUUCGUACCCUUAGCCCUCGGAUCCGUGAAGGAAUUUGCUCACAGUAGCAACACCCAAGAAGGGUAAUACUACGCCGGUUGUUGUGCCAUGUGUUUGGGUAUGAACUACGCUAGAGUAGUGUUACAAAAGUAAAGCUCGUUGAUGGAUCAGGGCACGGUUCCUGAAAUGCUGAUUAGUGUUACUCCAUGAAAGAUUAAAAUUUUGUUUUCUUUUUUUGUAUUCUCGGUUUUCACUCACGUGAGAAAGCAGAAAUAAAAAUGGGAACCUUUUAAUACAGAAAGUGUAGAAUCUGGGAAAUGAAAGAAGAUAAAUAUACAAAAAGCCUUGCCAAGAAUCAGGUCUAUGCAAUAGUUCAUAUGCGAGAUAUUCGGAACAACGUUUUACCCAAAUUUAUAAAGCUUUGUAUGGAGACGCCAUGUUUGGGCACAAAUAUGGCCGCCGGAAACCAACAGAGACACUGUUUUUGAGUUUUCCCACUUAUGCGUGAAUUCUUCGCUUGAGGAACUCAUAAAGAUUGAAGCAAUAUUUAUUCUAAGACAGGGAAUGUUUAGAUAGCAAAAUCUCCAAAAAUCCGUAAUGUUUUAAACCCACUUAAGAGCUUUCCCGGGCGCCAGCCAAAUGUCGCGUCACGCGAAAGCCUGGAAAUUCAAGCGUCCUGUAUCGCAAAACAAAGAACCCUUUUGAACCUAAAAUUUGUUUGUAUUAAGGUUUUAAGGUGCUCUAAUAUCACAUGAAAGUAGAAACUCAGAAGAAGCGAUAGUUUCUUAGUUCAAAUUUUGGUGACGUCAUGUGAAAACCAAGAAUUAUGCUUUGCUUCGGGUAACAUUAUUAUAUUCCUAGACUUUCACUCAACUAAACAGGGACUGCCAUUGGCUGAUUCUUGGUCACGUGGCGUUGACUAAAAUCAAAUGUAUCCCGAUCGUGAUACAUUAAGCAAUGUACCCUGCUUGGGAUACAUUACAGCACGUGAUCAAAGCAUGGUGGAAAGUAGUGUGACAGAAAGCGGGAAAAACACUGCCAGUUUUUUUUUUUCGCGAAUGAACACAACAAUUUGAACACAAACACGAAGCCUCAAGCUAAAAAGCAACGAUUUAUAAAGUCAUCCCAGAAGAGAAACAGCAGCUAGUGGAAGAAAACGAUGCAGAUAAUAUAAGGAAAGUACUUUGUAAAACAUUCAUUCAGUGGUUUUAAGAAUUAAAUUUGUGUUGUUAUAGGUACCAAGUCGACUGUUUUGGUUCGCUCCGGUUAUUCGACUUAUUCUUUUGUUGCUGUUGAAGUACAAAUCUAGAAAUAGAACAAAACUCUUAAUGUCACGUCCCUCGGGAAACCAGUUAGUUUUGUUUUCCCAAGAGUCCCGAGAAAACAAAACCACCUGUUUCCCUCGGGAU